UUGUUAUUUGUUUUCUGGUUGUUUUGUGGACUUCUCUUCCUUUUUAAAAUCUUUCCAGUCUUCCUUUAUUGAAGAUAAUUUUCUCUGCUUGUAUGUGUACAGAUUUUUCUUAAUGCCUAGUUUAUGGUAGUUACACACUUGUGCAUCUGUAACAGUCCUCUCUUUACAUUUGCAUAUACUUCCAGCACUAUAAUUUAAAUUUAUAAUGUUGUUUGGAUGCCUUCAUCAUGAUUCAUGUACCCGUGGAUUGCGACAACAAAUGUGCCAUUUUUCUCCUUUUCGAUCAGUUUUUACUUGUGUCUUGUCAGCUAAAGUCCGGGAAGAGAUUGAACGUGUGAUUGGCAGAAACCGGAGCCCCUGCAUGCAGGACAGGAGCCACAUGCCCUACACAGAUGCUGUGGUGCAUGAGGUCCAGAGAUACAUUGACCUCCUCCCCACCAACCUGCCCCAUGCAGUGACCUGUGAUGUUAAAUUCAGAAACUACCUCAUCCCCAAGGGCACAACCAUAUUAAUUUCCCUGACUUCUGUGCUACAUGACAACAAAGAAUUUCCCAACCCAGAGAUGUUUGACCCUCGUCACUUUCUGGAUGAAGGUGGCAAUUUUAAGAAAAGUAACUACUUCAUGCCUUUCUCAGCAGGAAAACGGAUUUGUGUGGGAGAAGGCCUGGCCCGCAUGGAGCUGUUUUUAUUCCUGACCUCCAUUUUACAGAACUUUAACCUGAAAUCUCUAGUUGACCCAAAGGACCUUGACACCACUCCAGUUUUCAAUGGAUUUGCCUCUGUGCCACCCUUCUACCAGCUGUGCUUCAUUCCUGUCUGAAGAAGAGCCGAUGGUCUGGCUGCUGCUGUGCUGUCCCUGCAGCUCUCUUUCCUCUGGGGCGUUAUCCACCUUUCACUAUAUGUGAUGCCUUUUCUGGCCUGUCAUCUCACAUUUUCCCUUCCCUCAAGAUCUAGUGAACAUUCAGCCUCUGUUAAGGAGAGUUUCCUAUGCUUCACAAUGCAAAUAUAUCUGCUAUUCUCCAUAGUCUGUAACGGUUGCAUUGACUGUCACAUAAUACUGAUACUUAUCUAAUGUUGUUAUUAAUAUGUUAUUAUUAAAUAGAGAAAGAUGAUUUGUGUAUCAUAAUUCAAAGGCAUUUCUUCUCUGCAUGUUCUAAAUAAAAAGCAUUAUUAUUUGCUG